AAUCUGUCACAAAAAUAUCAAAAAACGGAACCCUAACGUAAAAGGAGAUCCGAGCGUUUACACGGGAACAAAUUUAUAACAAAGUCACACGAAUACAUAGAAGCUCCUAUCAUCUUCACAACAAACAACAACGACGAAGACAUCCUCUCUCCAGCUCUGCGUUGAGGUCAUUCACUGAGAAAAGCAACUCCAGAAGACAACAGGAUGAACUUUUUCAAAUCUAAACAAAAGACUCCACCAGAAUUGGUAAGAAAUUUACGGGAAGCAACGACCAGAUUAGACGCACCAGGAGUGAGUGCAGAAGGAAAGAGAAAAGCAGGCGAAGAAGUUUCAAAAAAUCUUUUUCAAAUCAAAUUCAUCCUUUAUGGAGAUGGAGAAAAUGAACCACAACCUGAUCAAGUUGCACAAUUAGCACAAGAAGUUUACAAUAAUGAUGUCUUGCAAUUACUCGUUCAAAAUAUUUGGAGAUUUGAAUUCGAAGCAAAAAAGGACGUUUCACAGAUAUUCAAUAACCUUUUGCGGAGGCAGAUCGGGACACGGUGGCCAACGGUUGAAUAUUUGACUACAAAGCCAGAAGUGAUCUUCACAGCAUUGAAGGGAUACGAGAAUCCUGAAGUGGCGCUUAAUACGGGAAUGAUCUUGAGGGAGAUGCUACGACAUGAAGGACUGGCAAAGAUACUUCUAUACUCGGACAAGUUCUACACAUUCCCGGAUCAUAUCGAAAAGACGACAUUUGGCAUCUCAUGUGACGCUUUCGCCAAUUUCAAAGAGUGUCUAACACGACAUAAGCCAAUGGUGGCUGAAUAUCUAGAAAAGAAUUAUGAUCGAUUCUUCACAAUGUACAAAGGUCUAUUGCACUCGCCGAACUAUGUCACCAAACGACAAUCGCUCAAGCUGCUCGGGGAAAUCUUAUUGGACAGAACGAAUUUCAACGUGAUGACCAAGUAUAUCUCCAAUGAAGAUAACCUGAAGGAUAUGAUGAAUUUGCUGAAAGAUCGAAGUAAGAAUAUUCAAUUUGAAGCUUUCCACGUUUUCAAAGUCUUUGUUGCCAAUCCAAAGAAACCUCCAGUGAUCGAGAACAUCUUGCGAAGGAAUCGUGAGAGAUUGGUGCAAUUCUUGUCGAAUUUCCACAACGAUAAAGAUGAUGAACAAUUCGUUGAUGAGAAGCAAUAUGUGCUUCAGAUUAUCGAGUGAGUAGAAGGUGAAUUUGGGGUUUUUCUCAGAUAGACCAUAUGAUUGCUGACUGUUUCUCUCUUUCUCACCUCACAGAUCUACCGGUCAACCGAGCUCGGCAGCAGCUGCGUAAGAGCGUGGCAAUCUCAUCUUAUUUCUUCGCUCUGUCUUUUCUAUUUGAUGCAUCAAUUUCCCUCGUCAAUCAUUUGUACUUGUAUCUGCACUUUUUAUAUGAUGUGCACUCAAACCGGCGCUUCAUUCUAUACUCGACCUUUGUUCCUGCAAAAGAAAAGCACAUUGGAACAUCAAUUUGAACAAUAUACAUAGCCAUCAUCUAUCCCUUCCUUUCCCUCCUUUUGCUCUACCUAUAAUUUAUUUAUCCUUUUUAUAUCAAUGAAA